UGGCCAUCAUGGUUCGGAAACUUAAGUUCCACGAGCAGAAACUGCUGAAGCAGGUAGACUUUCUGAAUUGGGAGGUCACUGAUCACAACCUGCACGAGUUGCGUGUGCUGCGCCGUUAUCGGCUGCAGCGGCGCGAGGACUACACGCAUUACAACCAACUGAGCCGUGCUGUCCGCGAACUAGCGCGGCGCCUGCGUGACCUGCCGGAGAACGACCCGUUUCGCGUUCGUUCCUCUGCAGCGUUGCUGGAUAAGUUGUAUGCUUUAGGCCUGGUGCCCACGCGCGGUUCGCUCGAGCUCUGCGACUUCGUCACGGCCUCGUCUUUCUGCCGUCGCCGCCUGCCCACUGUGCUCCUCAAGCUGCGCAUGGCGCAGCACCUCCAGGAAUGA